AUGCGCCAAGAUACUGCCGUCAUUGAAACCGUUGCCUUUUCCGUCGGAGAAGUAAGACGCGUCCUCAGUCAAAUAAAACCAGACAAGUCUCCUGGACCCGACGGAAUUCCUGGUCUGAUACUUAAGGAGCUAUCAAAGGAUCCGGCGAAGCCUCUUUCGACGCUCUUUGAGCUGUCAAUGAGAACAGGAAGGCUGCCAUCACAGUGGAAGACAGCUAACCUCGUUCCCUUACAUAAAGGCGGUAGCAGGAUGGCAGCAAGCUGUUUCAGGCCUAUUAGUCUAACCUGCCUCUCGUGCAAAACGAUGGAAGCUCUAGUAAAGAGUGCCAUACAGCAAUUUUGUGAAGAAAAUAACCUCUUGCAGGAUUUCCAGCAUGGCUUCCGGAGAGGACGUUCUUGCCUCUCAAAUCUGCUAGCUUGUCUGGAGAUCUGGACCAGGGCCCUAGAAGAGGGUUUUGAAGUUGAUGUCGUGUACAUCGAUUUUCGCAAAGCCUUCGAUACUGUCCCGCACCAACGCCUUCUUCACAAAUUGAGCGCCAUCGGCAUCCGGGGAGAUCUUCUGAACUGGAUAGGGGCGUUUCUGGUUGGUCGGAAACAACGUGUUUGCAUCGGUGAUGAUAUGUCAGAAUGGGUGAGCGUGACCAGUGGUGUGCCUCAAGGCUCAGUUCUGGGACCAUUGCUAAUCCUCCUUUAUGUUAAUGAUAGCCUUCAGGAACUCGACUGUGGCAAAAUAAUGUUUGCUGACGACCUUAAGCUCUGGCAAGUCAUUAAGAGUCCUAACGACCAGAGAUCCCUCCAAAACAAUCUUUAUCGACUGCAAGCGUGGUCGGAGAAAUGGCUUCUAGACUUCAAUGUGCAGAAGUGUGCCGUCCUCCAUCUGCGUCCAACUUACUCUCAUUCAAAUCAGAGCCUGAGGACAUAUCAUCUGAAAGAUAUAAGACUCCCCGCAGAAUCUUCACAGAAGGAUCUCGGGGUUUGGAUACAGAACAAUUUGAAACCAACAUUGCAGUGCCACAAGGCUGCAAAAACGCAAUGGGAGUGCUGCAUGCAAUCAAAAGGGCGUUCGUUACCUUUGACCAAGACCUUUUUGGGAGAGUUUACGGCACCUUCGUUCGGCCCCACUUAGAAUAUGGCAUACAAGCAUGGCGGCCAUGGCUUGUAAAGGACAAAGCAUGCUUCGAACGGGUGCAACGUAGGGCAACAAAGAUGGUAAACGGUCUAAAAAACCAAUCCUACACGGACAGACUGAAUUGCCUUAAUCUAUUCCCUCUGUGUUACAGGCAGCAAAGAGGUGAUCUAAUCCUGGUUUACAAGAUAAUAAAUGGCCUUGAGCAUGGACUUAACUUUGAGGACAUGUUUCAGUGGCACCUUUCACCCAAUGUUCGUGGCCACUCGCUGAAGCUACGGACAACAAUGUCCAGGCUGAACCUUCGUUCUGAAUUUUUCACGCAAAGAGUAGUGGAGAAAUGGAACGAUCUCCCUCAGUCAGUCGUGGAGGCGACAUCCCUGCAACUCUUCAAGAAACGCUUGGAUGAUUAUUUGUGUCCCCUGUUUUCCCUCGACAGUCUGAAUCUGAGCUAA